ACAAGUAGCUGCAGAAGCAAAAGAAGAAGCUAAGAAAUCCAAAGAUACUAAAAUCGAAUUCGUCAAAGAGGUGUGAAUCGGAAAAUGGCGUUGCAGUGGAUGAUACUGACGUACGUGGUGGCGGCAGAGGCGGCCGUAGCCCUUCUGCUAACUCUCCCGGCGCCCAAGCUCUUGAAGAACCGCCUCGUCUCUUUGAUCUCUCUCAUUCUUCAGCCGGCGCUCUUCGUCGUCCCCUUCGCCGGAUUCCAGCUCCUCGAUAUCUACUGGAAGAUGGAGCAUCGCUUGAUGUGCACCUCAGACAUCUGCACUGCUGCUGAGCGCGACCGCUUUGAGAAAUCCAUGUACAAGGCUCAAAAGAAUGUAAUUCUCUGCUCUGCAGCAUGUCUUCUUUACUGGUGCAUCUAUCGCAUCUGUAAGUACUGCAAGGAUAUUGAAAGGUUGGAGGAAGUGGAGAAGAGGUUCAAGGAAGAGUAGCUGUUCAGCUAGUUCUCAUGUAUUUGUUCGUCUGAAGUGGAUCCAACUGAGUUCAUAUUUUUCGUCGUAAAUGGGAAACCAAUAUUACCUUUAGUAAUACUGUAAUAUUUUGAAUUUGUUUGGUAACCAUCCGUAGACAUCUCUCGAGUAUGUGUUUUAGCCUGUUAUCCUGGUAGCUCGAUCCACUUCAUAUGAAAACCAUGACAAUGAUAAAGUGCUUAAAAGUUUGUCCA